CUCGUUCGCGAACGUCACAUCUCCACUUCCUGCUUGUUUUGUUGACGUUCGCUUGCUGUCCUGGCAGUUUUUCAUGGUGGAAUAAAAAAAACCCCCCACCGCCUCUGGAAUCUAAACCAAACGAAAUAAAUAAACCUGGGACCGAAUGGAAUCGCGCGGUUCGGACACGGAAGAAGAGGAGCAGCAAACGCCUCUUCUUCAUCGGGGACAUAAAGGAAACGUCCAGAAGGCUCCGGCAUGCUGCUCAACCCGUUACCUUCUGGCCUUGCUGUCCUCCUACGGCUUCUUUGUUGUCUACUCCUUGCGGGUCAACCUGAGCGUGGCCAUGGUGGACAUGCUUAACGCCACCCACCAGCCCCACACCAACCACAGCGCCUCCGUGUGCGCACCUCACGCCAGCCCCGCACGCCCGGGACGCAACCACUCGGCCAGCGUGUACGACUGGGACGUUGAGACGCAAGGCUGGAUCCUGGGUUCGUUCUUCUACGGCUACAUCUUCACGCAAAUCCCCGGAGGUUACCUGGCCAGCCGUUUCGGCCCCAAGUGGCUGCUGGGUUUCGGAAUCCUGGGCACCGUCGUGUUCACGCUGCUCACGCCUUUGGCGGCCGACCUGGGCGCCGGUUACCUCAUCGCUGUCAGGGUUCUGGAAGGGAUCGGGGAGGGCGUCACUUUCCCCGCCAUGUACAGCAUGUGGGCAGCGUGGGCGCCGCCCCUGGAGAGGAGCCGCCUUCUCAGCAUCUCCUACAUCGGAGCCCAAUUAGGCACCGUGGUGUCCCUCCCGCUGUCUGGUGAAAUCUGCUUCUACUUGGACUGGACCUACGUCUUCUACGUCUUUGGUGCCGUGGGCCUCUUGUGGUUUGUGCUGUGGGCCCUUCUGGCCUUCGACAGUCCCAACAGUCACCCGUGGAUCUCUGAGCGAGAGAGACUCUACAUCGUCGGAUCGCUGAAGAACGAGCUGUCCCCCUCAGGAGGACACGUCCCCUGGCGAGCCAUCGUGACGUCGCGCCCGCUCUUGGCCAUCGUGGUGGCCCACUUCUCGUACAACUGGACCUUCUACACGCUCCUCACGCUGCUGCCCACCUACAUGAGCGACGUCCUGGGCUUCAGCAUCCAGCAGAACGGAAUGUUGUCUGCUCUGCCUUACCUGGGCUGCGCCGUGUGCGCCAUGCUCAGCGGCCAGUUGGCAGACUACCUGCGGGAGAAGUGCUCCUACCCCACCGUCACCGUCAGGAAGACCUUCACCAUCAUCGGUAUGAUCGGACCGGGCAUCUUCCUGGUGGCGGCGGGCUACACGGGCUGCAACUACACCCUAGCCAUCGCCUUCCUCACCAUCUCCUCCUCGCUGGGCGGCGUGUCGGCGUCGGGCUUCAACAUCAACCACCUGGACAUCGCUCCCUCGUACUCGGGCAUCCUCCUGGGCAUCACCAACUCCUUCGCCACCAUCCCCGGCAUGGUGGGACCGCUCAUCGCCAGAAGCCUCACUGCAAACAACACCAUAGAAGAAUGGCAGAUGGUCUUCUUCAUCGCCGGCGCCAUCAACGUGUUUGGAGCCACCUUCUACACGCUCUUUGGCCAAGGGCGAGUGCAGCCUUGGGCCCUGCAGGCGCCCCACAGCAAGUCAGUCUUGAACCAGUCUUGAGCCAGUCUACAUGGAAGCUGCUGCAGCUGACAACCAUGUCUGCUCCUUUCACCACACCUGCGUGUCCACAGUGGAAUACUCCAGAAAAGCUUUUUCCUCACACGGAAAAGUACACAAAUAAAUCAACUAUCACCAAAACAUCUAGAGUGUGGACAAAAAGUCAGGAUUAUACGCUAAAAAAGUACGCAAAUAAAUCAACUAUCACCCAAACAUCUAAAGUGUGGACAAAAAGUCAGGAUUAUACGCUAAA